GAAGAAGAACAACAACAAAAUCAAGAGCAGAAAUACAGAGAAGGAGAAACCCACUAUGUGGCGGAAAAAAUAAACCCAGCUGCAAUAAACUUCGGCGAUUAUAUCAUUUUGGACUCCAUUCCCCGUAGUGUACCCGAAACCCUCAGACGCGUACGGCGACAGGCCACAAAAAUCAACUACAACGUUGAGCUGAUGAUGGUCACUGAUUCUUCUGUUUUCAGUUUCUGGUAUGAAAGAACAGAAGCCUCCACCCCGACUGAGCGACGAACCUUGACCUUAUCCAGGAUUACACAGUACUACGCUUUCAUCCUGAAUGCAAUUGACUUGCGCUAUAAGAACAUAAACGAGACUGACCUGGCGUUGAACGUUCUGUACAGUGGCCUGCUGAUUGUGGAGGAUCCUGCUGUAUCCAAUUGGACAGCCGGAAUAUCGACAAAUAACCCGGAUGACGCCAGUCGACCAUUGGUAGACGCGGAUCAGGCGUUGACGUCAUUCACAACAUGGGUACAAGGUCGCACGGAUUUGCCUCAAUCAGACCACGUGAUGCUUUUCACCGCUUUUGACCUUUUUUAUCAAGGAAGCACCGCAAAUGCAGGUUUAGCUUUCGUAGGUGCCAUAUGUGGUCAGGCGAGCACAUCGAUUUCUGAGAACCGGUUUGAUUUCAACGGUGCAACGGUAGCAGCUCAUGAACUGGGUCACAGCCUCGGAGCUGUUCACGACGGAGACAACAACGCGUGCCAGGCUACUGACAGCUUUAUAAUGGCACCUUCUUCCGGCCUGUCAACGGACGCGACUGCGCAGAACCCCUGGUAUUUCUCUCCUUGUUCCGUUUCAGACUUCCGGAAGCAGAUUGACAGCCUCGACAAUGAUGCGAACAACUGUCUGCUGGUCGAGAGCCCUUCUCUGGACCCAACGGCCUUGACCCCUCACCUUCAAGUCCCCCCUGGUCAACAGUACAGCAUUGACACUCAGUGCGCCUAUUACUUAGGAACCGGUUCUACGUUUUGCAGGAGCUUUUAUAACGAGACGUCAUACCCAGAAAUAUGUGGUGGCCUAUUCUGUUCCAUUCCGGGAACUAAUGGGUGUAGGAAGACCGUGCCGGCUCGUGGGACGUCUUGUGGGCCGAAUAAGUGGUGUGACAGUGGCGCAUGCGUGUACAGUGCUGACGCCCCGGAUGUACCAGCCUUUUGUCCGCUUGGAGAAUAUCCGGGAAUCAUCAGCGGGCUGAACUUGACAUGCGCACAGAUGAUUCAGUCUCGAGGUGACGUUUGCUAUCAAGAAAGUCAUAACCAAAGGUGCUGCGAAUCUUGUCCCACCAUACAAACAGGCAUCACCAACUGUCAGUUUGGAGACAAGUCCCCAAGUUGCAGUGCUAUAACACCUGGACAAUGUUAUUUUCCUGACAACGAGGAGCUUUGCUGCGGAACUUGCGCCGGAUUCAAGAGAGUCCAUCUUCCGGCUGACUGUGAAUACGGUGACAGAGCCUCGAACUGUGCUGGCAUUACAGCAGCAAGCUGUUACAACAACCAAAUUGCUAAUCUGUGCUGCGAAACAUGUUACAACUUCGUAACCAACAUACCCGCGACGACCGUGCCUACAACUACAAGUACAACUCCACCAGCGACGACCGUGCCUACAACUACAACUACAACAAGUACAACUCCACUAGCGACGACCGUGCCUACACCUACAACAAGUACAAUUCCACCAGCGACGACCGUGCCUACAACUACAAGUACAACUCCACCAGCGACGACCGUGCCUACAACUGCAACUACAACAAGUACAACUCCACUAGCGACGACCGUGCCUACAACUACAUCAAGUGCAACUCCACCGGCGACCACCAUGCCUACAACUGCAACAAGUACAACUCCACCAGCUACGACCGUGCCAACAGCUACAACAAGUACAACUCCACCAGCGACGGCCGUGCCUACAACUACAACUACAACAAGUACAACUCCACUAGCGACGACCGUGCCUACAACUACAACAAGUGCAACUCCACCAGCGACCACCAUGCCUACAACUGCAACAAGUACAACUCCACCAGCUACGACCGUGCCUGCAACUACAACAAGUACAACUCCACCAGCGACGGCCGUGCCUACAACUACAUAUACAACAAGUACAACUCCACUAGCGACGACCGUGCAUACAACUACAACAAGAACAAUUCCACCAGCGACGACCGUGCAUACAACUACAACAAGAACAAUUCCACCAGCGACGACCGUGCCUACAACUACAACAAGUGCAACUCAACCUGCGAUGACAGUGCCUACAAGUACAACUGGCACAACUCCACCAGAGAUGUCCGGGCCUACAACUUCAACAAGUACAACUGAACCAGUGACGACCUUGCUAACAUCUACAACAAGUGCAACUCAACCUGCGACGACAGUGCCUGCAAGUACAACUGGCACAACUCCACCAUCAGUAGCAGGUACAGAUAAAUCAGCCAGCACACCAUCAACAAUCAAGUCCAUUGUACCAACAACAGCUACAAACUCCCGUUCGACUUCAACAGAUGAAGAAACAACUACAAUAGGAAUUGCAACAACAACUGAACCACCGAGUACAUCUACUGUGCAUACAAGUAAACCACGUGAACCAGGUACAACGCAAACGAUCCCUACAACCACAUCGAUAAAGCCAACUUCAUACAGAGUACGUAACGACACAGUCACAGUUACCAUGACAACAGACGAAGUCACCACUGGUAUGAACAUCACGGUCAACACGGGCGUGAACACAACUGAUCCGGCGCCACCUACAUCUGUGUGGGAAGAAUGGGCUGGUAUCCUAGCGGGGAUGUCGGCAGGAUUUGGGUUGCUCGUCCUAGCCCCGUCUCUUGUCUGUUGUCUAUUGAAAUGCCGAAGGCAACCUAAGGAUCCAAUGGAUGAAACUUCGUCAAAGGAAACUGGAUAUGUUGAAAUUACUCCUCUGGGUUCAGUGGCCGGAUAUACAGAUCGUAACUGGCAGCCGGGGUAUGUAUGGACAGGCCAGCUUAACAGAGGCUACACCGAAAACGGAAGGCCUCAAAAAACACGGCAACAGAAAGAGAAUGUGGCAAACCAUAGCCUCGCUCGUGUCGGCACCGAAACAAAAAGUAGGACCACAGAGAAGGAUGGUAAGAAUCAGCACCAUAGCGAGAAACACGGCUUCCAACAUGGUUCCAAGGGCACAAGCUUGGGAUUUCAUCAUGCUAAUAGUGAGGCCGAGGGGUUUUUGAAUAAGGCGUUCCUCAGCGACGACUCCGGCGUUUCCAGCGUUUCCGGCACCAACGGUAACGCCCGAAUGAAGAUGCAUGAAGUGAACGAGAGGUUUUUUAAAAAUUCAGGAUUUUCUUACGGAAUGUAAUAACAGCGGUUUGCACGUCAUAUUGGGCUCCGAUUUCGUGAGCAUGUAAUUGAACUGAGGUCGUUGAUCCAGUAACAGUGCAUAUGUUUAUGCACUCAGCUAUCAUGAAUUCACGUGAAAGCCACCAUAUCUGGAUAAAGAUUUUCUAAAUAUUUGUUUGUUCAACCUUGGUGAUCGCUGAAAAGAAAGACAAAUAAAAUGUAUUGGACAAACGAUAUAUUUUUGGCUGUGCAGUACACUGAGUUCUGAUAUCAGGCAUUACUAAAAUCCAAUAUCUUUUGGAUAUGUACCAAUUUGAACAGGCGUAAUCUGAUGCCAUGCAUGCAAUACAAAGGUUAUGUGCUUCAGGCACACGCUGAUGGACGCUAUUAUGUGCUGGGACACUGCUUGACAUAGUGUCCAUGUGACUUGUGGACGAACGUUUUCUAUACCCUGAUGUGGGAAAGGUCUGUUGACAAUCUGCGGAUGAUCGUGGGUUUCCCCCGGGCUCUACCGGGUUUCGUCCGACCAUAUUACUGGCUGCCAUCGUACAAGUGGAAUAUUUUAGAGUUCGGCGAAAACACACCAAUCACACAAAUCUAUACCCUGAAAUAGCAUAGACUACAUACUAAGUUUUUGACAAGAACUCCUAUUCACGAGUGAGAUGGACACACGAAUGAUUUGAACAGAUUCUACUGUUUGAAGUCACCCCUUACCUAAAACAUAGACAUUGUUCACGAUAGCUAUGCCCGCAAUCAUUUAUACAUGGAGCAUUGUAACUCGGAGAUAAUGUAAAAGUGCCUUCAAAUUGUAUUUAUUUUAUAUCACAUGUUUUUCUUUACUACUCUGGAACAAUGAAAUACCAAGGUUCAAGAAGACAAAUAUGAAAUAUAUUUACUGUACAUGUCAAUCAAACCGGUGACAGGUGAAUUAUUUAUCCAUUGAUUGAAAUCCACGUAAAUAAAGUUCUCUACACAUAUAUCUAUUUGCAUAUUUAUUGAAAUGAGAUCGUUAGCACAUGUGACAGUUUAU